AUGGGCCCUGGGUGCAGUGGACCUCCGCUGCCCCGUUCGGCGCAGUGCACUUGCACGGCUCCUGGCGGCACGUGGCGGCUCGUGGAGCUGACCAGCGCCUUUGGAGCGUGCGAGCCGCAGCUCGCCGCGCAGCGGAGCCGCGCUCAAGUUCCCGGCACCCACAAUGGGGCCGUGAUGAGGAUCGGCAACAGUCGCGACCCCAACACGGGCGAGCUCAAUGCGUCAUUUACAAUCAGCGCGCAGCUUCCGAGGAGCACGGGUGAUGACAGUCUGCAGGUUUGUGAGUACAGCUCGGCAUCACAACAGCCACGUUGGCAUACCGACGCCACGUUUCGAUGUCGUCCACCAACAGGAUCUCUUUUGUACAGCAUCGAGGUGCCUCCCAGCGGCGGAGACACGUGCUUUGCAGAUGCUGCUACCGCCUUCGAACGGCUGCCAUUGGAAGCCAGAAGCAGGUUGGAGAGCCUGGAGGCCGUUUGCAGCCAGGCGCACCACGAUGCCCUCCACAAUGCCAGGAAGCCCGGCACGUAUGCGACCAUGGAGGAGGAGCAGAGGCGGCAGACCCCGCUGAUGGCUGUGCCGCUGGUGAUGACACACCCGGUCACGGGGCGGAAGUCGCUGUACGGAGCCAACAGCAGUGUGUUCUAUGUGCAGCGACGAGGUGCUGAUGGGCCUUCCGCAUCUCUGCUGGAGAGGGCAGAGGGUGCGGAGGCAUACGAGGAUCCUUCUGUUGAUGAGCUCCGGAAGUGGUUACCCCAUGCCACAGGACCCGAGUUUGUGGUGAGAUGGCGCUGGCAACCCGGAGACCUGGUGAUUUGGGACAACCGCAGCACGAUGCACUGUGCGACAGGCUUUGACCAUGAGCAUUGCACCCGACAGCUGUGGCGAACGACCUUUCACGACAUGUCUUGGGACCCGCCAGUGAGGUCCAACGGCUCCUUGUUAGAGGAGGGGAUGCUACGCAUGGGCUUCGGCUCGCAGCCAUCUCCGCUGAUGUCUGUCCACGCGAACUCCAUUUCGCUGUCCCUGAUGCCGAAGGACCUACAGCGUGGUUUUGGGCCUUUGCAGUCCCAGCUGCUCUUUGCGGGUCUGGAGCUGGGCGGGGCCGGCAGAAUCUUGCUGUGCGGCGAUGUCCGCGGCGAUCUGCCCAAGGUGUGCAAAUGCGUGGACGGUUUGCAGCGAAAGCUCCCCGAGGAGCAGCGUUUUCGUGCCGUCUUCUGCGUGGGUGAGUUCAGUGCCGAGGAGAUGAACCUGGAUGUUGAGGAGAAGCCGACUGUGCCGAUCUACUUCAUCGAUUGUGGUCCCGCUUGCCAGGAUUUGAUCGAUGAGUCGCCUCAAGGUGACGAGGUGGCACCCAAUGUCCACUUCCUGGGCCACUAUGGCGUGACUUCUGUGGCUGGACUCAAGGUCUUGAGCCGUGCUGCGCAGCUGUCUCGAGAGCAGAAGCUUCCUGUGCUUCCAGUAUACCUCUUUGAUCCUCGGCAGUUUCGGGAGACGAAGUUCGGCACCUUGAAGACAGGAGCCUUCCGAGCGCUCUUUCUCCUGCAGUCCGUGCGUGUUCUGAAGCGCAGGCUUCGCUCUCUGGGCUCCGACCUCUUAGUCAAAGUCGGCAAGCCGGAGGACGUCCUGCCAUCUCUUCUGGACAAGAAGUCCGUGAUUCUGACACAGGAAGAGGUGACCUCAGAGGAACGUUCGGUGGACAAAGCGCUUCGACGUGAGCUGGCUGCCAAGGGCUGCGAGGCAUGGGAGUACUGCUGGGGGAGCACGCUUUUUCACCGUGACGAUUUGCCGUUUCGGCAGGACCUCAGCAACGCCCCGGAUGUGUUUACAUCCUUCAAGAACCAGGUCGAGCCGGAAAUGGCAGCCCGGGUGAACGAGGUGCCGACUUCGUUCCAGGACAAGAGGAAAGACAAGAGCCACAUGGGUGUGAGGCCCUGCCUGCCGGACCUUACGCCGGGAGCGCUGCCACUGCCGGAAGCCGGAGCUGGACUCGACUUUGAUAUGGUCUUCGAGCCCGAGUGGGAGGACUUACCCUUCGAGAAACCGGUGGAGGAGCCUGAAGUGCCAGAGGCUGCGGCCCACCAAUUUGAAGGUGGUGAGAUCGCAGCCCUCGGCAGGCUGCAGUACUACCUGUUUGAGACAGACCUGGUGGCCAACUACUUUGAGACACGAAACGGUAUGCUCGGCUCAGAUUACUCCACGAAGUUUGCUCCCUGGUUGGCCUUUGGCUGUCUGUCACCUCGGAAGAUCUUCGAGCAAAUCCGCGAGUACGAGAAAGAGAAAGUUGCAAACAAAUCCACGUAUUGGGUGCUCUUCGAAUUGAUGUGGCGCGACUUCUUCCGCUUCUUUGCUGCAAAGCACGGCAAUAAGAUUUUCAAGCUGUACGGUGUUUCGGGUGGAGACUGGGAGUGGCAAUCUGAUGCCAAGCUUUUCCAACUCUGGGCCCACGGAAUGACCGGCUAUCCCCUUAUCGAUGCCAACAUGCGAGAGCUCCGUGCCACCGGAUUCAUGUCGAAUCGUGGGAGGCAAAAUGUUGCUUCCUUCCUUGCGCUCGACAUGAAGAUCGACUGGCGCAUGGGCGCCGAUUGGUUCGAAAGCUACCUCGUGGAUUAUGAUGUCGCGUCCAACUGGGGAAAUUGGGUUCAUGCAGCGGGCAUGACGACUGGACGCAUCAACCGAUUCAAUGUCAUUCGGCAGUCAAAGAUGUAUGAUAAGGACGGCCGUUACAUCAGGCACUGGGUUCCCGAGCUCCGAAGCAUGCCUGUGAGAUACAUCCACGAGCCUUGGACGCUGUCGCCGGACGAGAAGCUGCAAUUUGGUGCGGAGAGCCGCUCCGUUGCAGGGCGCCUCGUUCUUGCCUUCUUCUGUCCGUCGUGCGGGGAUGCCAAGGUUAUCCAGAAGUUUGCAGGGGUGGAGUUCGUGCUUAGUGGUUGGCCGUGUUUGAUCUGCUCUGGGCUCGAUGGUACUUCGGACACAGCAGGAGCAAAGGCGGACGAUCAGCGUGCAAAUCUUGACUGGAUCUGCUUUUUGACUCCAAGAGUGCCCAAAGAAGGCUCCUGGACGUCCACUGUCGCCUACUUGUCUGGGAGAUUAAAGGCCGAGCUCUUCGAGGAGCAGGAUGACAAUUAUGACGAAGAUGGCGGCCAGACGUUACCCCAAGCUGAUGACCUGAAGUCCAAGUAUGCCGCGCAGGAGGGGGAUCGUGGGCUCUUCGCUGGGGCGCCGCUGGCCUUGGAGACGGAACCCACCUCAUCCACGGCCACGGCCAGUCGGAGCUCUUCUGGGCCAUCCUGGGAGGAGCUCAAGGCCAAGGAGAAGAAGAAAGAGUUCAUGCAAACACAGCUGUUUCUAGAUGGCCGCUACACGCCCUUGGCCGUGGAGCGUCUCUGCGAGGAGAUCGGAGACAGCGGAGGUGUAGACAUCUUGCUGACCUCCGAGUGGCCGAAGGUGGGAGAUGAAAGCUUGCAUGCAGUCUUGAGGAAUUCAGGGCGGAGUUGUUUUUUGCGCUCAAUAGGUUGA